AUGGAUAAGGUACUAACAUUUUUGGUUUUGAUAUGGAGCGUUUCUGUAAGGACGGAACCACCAGUGAAUUCGUAUUUGCCACCUAGUAAUGGUGGUUAUAAUGGUGGACCACCCAGUUCAGUCUAUGGUCCACCGGGCUAUCAGCCUGGUCCUGCGAUAGGCAAUGGAAAUGGUAAUGGCGUAAAUGGUAAUGGAAAUGGAAACGGUAAUGGCGGUAAUGGCAAUGGUAAUGGCGGUAAUGGAAAUGGCAAUGGUAAUGGCGGUAAUGGCAAUGGUAAUGGUCAUGGCAAUGGCAAUGGCAAUGGCGGAGCUCCCAGCCUUGUUUACGGAGCUCCAAAUGGCAAUGGUUAUCAAGUAGACAGUGACCAAAGACCGGGUACUAGUUAUCUUCCACCCAAUGGUAAUGGCAAUGGAAAACCAGGCCCCGUUUAUGGUGCGCCAAGCAAUGGUAACGGUAACGGUGGUAGAAAUGGAAACGGUAACGGUGGUAGAAACGGAAACGGUAACGGCGGUAGAAAUGGAAACGGUAACGGCGGAAAUGGAAAUGGUAACGGCCACGGAAAUGGAAAUGGCAAUGGAAAUGGUAAUGGAAAUGGUAAUGGAAAUGGUAAUGGCAAUGGUAGACCUAGUUCUGUUUAUGGACCUCCAAAUGGUAAUGGAAAUGGUAGACCUGGUCCAGUAUAUGGUCCUCCCACCAACGGUAACGGAAAUGGACGUCCAAGUCCAAAAUAUGGAGUACCAAAUGGUAACGGCAAUGGAAAACCGAAUUCAGUGUAUGGUCCACCAAGAAAUGGAAAUGGCUUCGCAAAUGGUAAUGGCAAUGGUAACGGUAAUGGCAACGGUAAUGGCAACGGCCAUGGCAACGGCCAUGGCAACGGCCAUGGCAACGGCAACGGUAACGGCAACGGUAACGGCAAUGGUAACGGUAACGGUAAUGGUAAUGGGGGACCGGGUGCUGCUUACUUACCCCCAUCUAAUGGCAAUGGAAAUGGAGGAUACCAGUACAAUGGAAACGGUGGACAAAACGGGGAGAGUACGGAACCCGCUAAAUACGAGUUUGAAUACGAAGUAAGCGAUCCAGAGAGUGGUGUUCAAUUCGGCCACAAAGAACAGCGAGAUGGAGACUUUACCACAGGCGAGUACAAUGUUCUUCUUUCAGACGGUAGGACGCAGAUAGUGGAAUACGAGGCAGAUACAGAUGGAUAUAAACCAACGAUCACUUAUGAAGGUGGUAAUGGAAACGGAAAUGGAAAUGGAAACGGCGGAUACCCCAGAGGACCAAAUGGCAAUGGAUAUAACGGGUACAAUGGCAAUGGCAAUGGUGGUCACAAUGGCAAUGGAAACGGUGGUAACGGCAAUGGUGGAAAUGGCAAUGGUAAUGGAAAUGGAAACGGAAACGGCGGUUAUCCAGGGAGUAACGGCAAUGGAGGCCCCUACUGAAUGCCAGAUGUUUAAUCUUUUCUCUGAUACCUUACUGAAGCUGAUCGAAAUUAUAAGAAUAUGUGAAACUGCGUCUAACUAAGAAGUACAUUUUCAUUUUUCUUCUUGUAAAUUUAGUCACUCUUUCUGCAGAUACUUCUUCAAUCUUUAGCUUACUUCAUUAUUAUAAUAUUAAGAUUGCACCGUCAAAAUACAAUUUUCUUAUAUAAUACCUCCAUUUGUGCAGCAUCUUGUAUCUCAUAUAGCUCAAAAUGUCAAUGAUAUGUAUAUACUUCAUCAACAUAGUAUUAUUAAUUCUAGUAUUUUUUAUAUAUAGUUAUGUACUGUUAUUACUUUUAAGGCAAUGCAUUAGGUAUAACUAGAUAUAAGGCAUUUAUCUAAGUGUUGACGACUGCUUUGUUUAAAGGAACAGAU